AGAGACCCAAACUCUUGUCGAAAUCCCCAAAAUGCUCUCAACGUUCUUUUUUAUUGCCUGAUACCGUAUCUCACGACUCACAUGCUAUCACAAGUACUAUUUACCCUAGCACCUAACCAAUCAGGGGCCUUUUCAAGGCAUCUAAGUGAGAGAUAUAUAAUCUAUUUUUGGAGCCCUAUUUUCACAUGAGAGCAUCCCCAAGACCCCAACCGAUGUAGAUGUCGGAGGGAAGAGCUCCGCCUCUCUUUCAUUCCUGUGAGACUUUGAAGCUUUGCCAUUGAAGUGUCCAACCAAAUCCCUGCAAAACAAGAGGAAGAUUAGUAAAUACACGAGACCAGGAAGUUCUCUCUAGUACCUGAAGGAGCUCUAGCAGCAAAUAGGUCAGCCUUGAAGAGGGGGCAGGAUGAGGCGAUGGGAUGUCCAGCUCAUCACUUCCUUAUACUUGUUGAAGCUUAUUAGAGAAUCAAUGCAAUCUCGGUGGACUAUUCAAUUUCCUUGGAAUGGGUGGUCUCGGCAACUUGUUUUUCCCAGGCUGAUUUUGCAGAGACUCUUUCAAAAAAAGAUUGGCAGAGCCUUUCCUCACCGGAGUGGUUUUAAGUCAAAGGAGAAGGGGGAUUGCUAACAUUCUCUCUUUCUUGCGGUGAGAAAGGGGACCGCUCACAUUCUCUUUCUUGCGGUUCUUUCUCCCCAUCAUCUCUCGUCCUCCUCCCACCCUCAUCCUCAUCCUCAUCCUCAUCCUCAUCCUCAUCAGAGAGCUCCGGCUAUUCAGGAACAUAAAAAAAUAGAUGACGGAUAUGCUGGCUACUUUCGGUAGCUGUUAUCAGCUGCGCAGGUAUGAUCUUCGUCUGGGGUACGUCACUGUUGAGGAAUACGCAACCCUUGUCUGCCAUGGAGUUGCGGAAUUAAAUUCAAUGAUAACAGCCAUUAGUUGCCACGGAAUUAAGCUAACAAAAUAUUCAUCCGAUGUUAAAACAUAUGUCGAUAUCGUAAAAAUUCUCGACAGGAGAUAUGUGUUAACACCAAUAAUAUGGCUGUGCAAUUUGGAUUAUAUUCACUGCAUGGUAUAUGAGAAGGUGCUGAAUCUUGACGAGUAUAUAAACCUAUAUAGAGAUAAGUUUGUGAUCAAUGACAAAUCUGGUUCCGCUGUGUUACCAGGAUCAAGACUACAGAAGCUUAUAAGAGAAAUAAUUAAUGGGUUCAUUCAUCUUCUUAAAGAGAAGAUAGGAAAUUGUGAAGUUUACUUAGAGAAAAGUAUUGUUAUCACCAGAGAUGGAAUUUGCAAGUUUGCUCGAUUAAAUAUACCCAUUGAUGCUUCCAAACCGAUGUGUGUAGACCAAUAUCUAGGUAGUCUGAGACAUCUGAUAGAUCGUAACUUUCCAAGAGUUAGCUGUCUGAGAGAUUUCAAAGAAUUUAUUACUCAACCCAGAUCCCUUGACAAUUGCUUGGAGCACCCUUUUUUAUGGACCACCGAUGAUAGAUAUACUUAUCUACAAAGAGUGCAGAAUUUAAUGUUUGGUCAAAAUACCGACGGCGCAUAUUGGGAAGAGCAUGAUCUAGUUCGAUACAUGUGUAACAUGUAUUUCCACAAUUUGGAAGACCACGAUGAACUCGAUAAAGUGUUUGCCAGUUCAUUUCCUGGGUUCCUUUCUGUACUUUAUAGAUCAACUGGUGUUCUUAAAGCAGCACCCAAGAAGAACCGAUCAUCGCGUACGAAUCAUCCGACUGUCCAAACGAGAAGAAGGUGAACAAAAGUCAAUGUGAGAGGGAGAGAUUGCUUUUUUCCUUUCUCUCUUCCAACUUGCACAUGUCUGUCCUUAAUGCCCUUCUGGGGUUUCCUCGAUUGAGUAACAGGAAUUCGGUCUUUAAUGUCAAUUUCGAGUUCUUUUCUAGAGUGUGUAAAAGAUAAAACAUGACAUUCAAUCAGGCUGGUCUUGUUCCCAAAUGUUUUCUAAUGACUUUUACUCAAUUUAUGACUGAAGACAUGCUCCAUGCUUCGUAAAGCUUUGGUGAGAAGCAUUCAUAUAAA